GUUAUUGCAUUCCCAGAUUUCCCACCUCUCUCUCCAAAAAAAAAUAUUAAAACAAAAAUUUGUUUUGGCAAUCUCCUUUCCUCUCUGCUACUUCAGUCAUCGAUUUGUCUAACUCCAAUCCGAAAAUUUUCAAAUUAGGCCUUUAAUUUCCCAAUUUAUUUUCUUCUGAAUUUCUACUCUUGAAUUCAAUUUCUUUUGAAAUUUACAGCGAAUUGAAGCGGAUGAUUGCGGAAUUAGGGCAAAAUUGAACGCUAACUAUGUGAUUGAGAGUGUAAAUUUCGAGCUUAUUUGCAUCGAUUUCAAUGGCGUCAUUCCGAAGAACUUUAUCACCGGCGAAUCAAGAUCGAUUGUACCAUAACGGAUCAACGUCAAGUCCAUUUUCGUUGAAUUCGUCAUCUCACAAGGCGACGAAUUCGAGCUUUUUCGUAAAGCUCCGGCGAAACUUCGCCGGAAUAUUUCUACUUCAGAAUUCCCGGAGAAAUCAACAGCAUUCAUGGAAAAGACAUUUCUAUCGUUGCUUGUUUUGCUUCUUCGUUGGAAUUUUAUUAGGUAUUUUGCCGUUUGGUCACAUUGAAGAAGAAGACGUAAGGACUCAUGAUUUCUCAUUUGAAGUCAAAUCUCAAGCUGCGAAUAAUGUUAAGGAGGAGAAGAUGUACAGAGCUGGAGAUGCCGCUGCCAUUGCUGCCGCCGCCGCAAAAAUGAGCGAUAUUGAGGUUAAGCUUGAUGUGAUAUUGGCGGAGAAUUAUAAUCCUAGGAAAAUGUUGAUUGUUGUUACACCAACGUAUAACAGGGCACUUCAAGCUUACUAUUUGAAUAGAUUGAGUCAAGUUUUGAAGCUUGUUGAUCCGCCUGUGCUGUGGGUUGUGGUGGAAAUGAGUGCACAGUCCCCGGAAACCGCCUCGAUUUUGAGGAAUACUGGGGUGAUGUACCGACAUUUGGUGUGCCACAAGAAUUUGACAAAUAUUAAAGAUAGAGGUGUUGAACAGAGGAAUACUGCUCUUGAGCAUAUUGAAGUUCAUAAACUUGAUGGCAUUGUUUAUUUUGCUGAUGAUGAUAAUAUCUACUCCUUGGAGCUCUUUGAAACCAUUAGAAAAGUCAGCCGUUUUGGCACCUGGCCUGUUGCUAUGCUGGCCCAAAGCAAAAAUAAGGCCAUACUUGAAGGUCCAGUAUGCGUUGGAAGUAAAGUGGUUGGAUGGCACACAAACGAGAAAAGCAAGGCACUUAGGAGAUUUCAUGUUGAUAUGUCUGGAUUUGCAUUUAAUAGCACUAUCUUGUGGGAUUUAAAGAGGUGGAGACGUCCGUUUUUUAAUCCAAUACGACAGCUAGACACCGUGAAGGAGGGUUUUCAGGAGACAACAUUUAUUGAACAAGUGGUCGCAGAGGAAAGUCAAAUGGAAGGUAUGCCUGAUGGCUGUGGGAAGAUUAUGAACUGGCAUCUCCACUUGGAUGCUCGUGGGGUUGCAUAUCCAACAGGGUGGGUUCUUCAGAAGAAUCUAGAUGUUUUGUUGCCCAUUGAUUAAAGAAACGCAACUCUAUCUUUGAUCCCAAACUAAUUAAGCUGAAAUGUUAUUCUGACAGUCCCAUGAUAUUGGCUUCCAAGGCUGUAGCGGCUGCUUCAUCCACCUUGCUAAUCGAUCAUCGAUUCCUUCUGUCUUCAGAAGCGCAUAUAGCAGCAUACACAUUAAGCUUGGGACCUAGCAAGGAUUGAAUUUUCAUUGAUACACAGACUCUUAGACGACACCAUUUUGCUUUCUUAAAUGGUAAAUUUGGAUGUGAAACUUCAGAGUGGUAAGGGGGGUGAAAUUAUUGUUUAGCUAGAGAAUUUAAUUAAAAUUUUGGGCACUGGUAGUCUUUAGUCUUCUAAAUUGUCAUGCUUAAUUUUUGGCUACAUUAGCCAAAGAAUCUUUUCUAGUUAGGUACAGAAGAAAAAUUGUGGAUAACUAACUUUUACAUGGAUUUAUAUCAAGUCGUGUUUUUAUGAA